UUUUGUUCUUAAAGUGGUUCUAUAGCAUUAAAAUUCCACGAUGCUGAUUUUAAUUUUAUUAUCAAUUUUGCUGCUCUUCGGAGUUGUGAAAUACAUUUUGCACAUGCGUCACAUGGAAAGUUAUGUGAAACAUUUGCACAUCAAACAGCCUGUCUAUCCGUUACUCGGAAAUUCACUGGAAGUUGUUGGAAAAACACCACAAAAGCUAUUUGUUGAGCUUGUUGAUUAUGUUAAAGAAAAUAGUACACCAUACAAAUCAUAUUUUGGCCCAGUUCUAGUAAUUACGAUUGAUCGACCAGACGAUUUUAAAACGAUUCUUAUGAAUAAUAAUUGCCUGGAUAAACCGUAUUUCUAUGGAUUCUAUCCAUCUAAAGUUGGUCUUAUGAGUGCGACAUCAUCCGCAAUUUGGAAACCAAUUCGAAAGCUGAUGAAUCCAUCCUUCAAUCUCAAGAUUUUGCAAUCAUUCUUUCCGAUUUUCAAUGAAAAAACCAAAAUUCUCGUUGAAAAUAUUGAACGCGAAUUGGGAAAGCCACAUUUUGAUAUCAAUAAGUACACAAGUGCUUGCACCUUGGACUUGGUUUCAAAAACAACAAUGGGAUACGAUGUCAAUGUGCAACGUAAUCAAAACCAUGAUUUCCUCCAGGGUAUUGAGGCAUUUUUCGAUAUCGUCGGUCAACGUUUCAUCAAAUUUUGGACACAUUUGGAUUUUUUGUACCGAUGGACGGCUUUAUACAAAGAGCAACAAAAGCAUUUGAAUAAUUUCCAUAAAUUAACAAAACACAUUUAUCGUAUCAAAAAAGAGGAGUUCAUUACACAGAAUAAAUAUAAGUUAAUAGAGGAAAGUGAUUCAGGUGAAGUGUAUGGAAAACCACAGAUUUUAAUUGAUCGACUACUUAGUUUAGUCCAUGAACGUAAAAUCGAUGAUCAAACGGCUAUUGAAGAAGUUGAAACCAUGUUGAUCGGCGGCACGGAGACAUCAGCGUUAACUACAUCAUACGUCGUUUUGCUAUUGGCAAUGUAUCCAGAAAUUCAAGAACGGGUUUAUGAUGAAUUGAAGACCGUUUAUAAGACACAGGACGAAGAUACGAGCUACGAACAUCUUCAGAAACUAAGCUAUUUGGAUCGAGUUAUUAAAGAAAGUUUACGAUUACUUCCGGUCGGUUCAUUUCUUGUACGACGUGCCAUAGGCGAUGUUGAAAUAAGCAAUUGUACAAUACCGAAAGAUAGCUAUGUGCUAUUGUCGAUUUUUAAUUUGCAUCGGAGAGUCGAUAUUUGGGGCAAGUCAUCCGAUCAAUUUAAUCCCGAUAAUUUCCUGCCUGAAAAUGUUUCGAAACGACAUCCAUUUUCCUUCAUUCCAUUUUCGACGGGACCUCGUAAUUGUAUUGGUUAUCUAUAUGGAACGAUGUCAGUGAAGACGAUGCUAUCAGCGAUUUUACGUCAUUAUAAAUUCACGACAAAUUUGAAACUAUCAGAGCUAGAGAUGCGAUUCGCAAUUUCGACGAAAUUGUGCAAUGGACAUAUGGUCGGUGUGGAGAAACGUGUUUGGUAGCGCAAUCAAUGACGUUUCCAACGCAUUGUUUCUGUGAUAUUUGACCUUUUUCAUCGAAUUGAAUGAUUUUAUCGCGAUUUAAU